UAAAAUUGCGUCAAUCAAGAGAAAAAAAUCACCGCCGCCUUUAACGACAUUGACGCUAAUUAGUUCCAAUCAACGAGAGCAGCAAAAGGAACAGCUUAAAGAACUUCAACAAGUUCAGAUCUCACAAAUAAAUCAACCGUUAAUAGAAGUUCAAACAACAGAUACGCUACAAGAAGCUUCUACAGUAACGACAACGACAACAGCAACAGCGGCGGCGGCACCCGAGGAACCAAACUCUGCAGAAAUAUCUAGAAAUUCAACAGCCACUAAAACAACGAAAGAUAGUCCAUUAACACAUCUUAAGGCUUACGCCUCGGUCAGCGUCGAUAACAACUUGCCGGCCUUAGUAACGUCUACGCCACCAACAACGCAAUCAGCGAAUCCAAAAAUUUUUGUCAAGCCAACUACAACAAUAGCAGUGCUAAAGACAAGACCUACUAAAACUAAUUUCACCACGUCGUCGUCCACAUCGCCAUUGCACUCGUGCUCCAGUACUUCCUCUUCACUAAUUGCGCAGCCGCCACCAAGCAAAAUACUUAAAACGGAUCACCUGUGUGUAAGCACCGCUGCCACUCCAGCCCCUGGUCUGCCAACUGUCGCUGCCACCUCUUCUGUUAGGCAUCCCUGUAUAUAUUGUGUGAUACCGGUGCCAGUGAACUCAUCUAGUGCUGGUAGCAUCGCGUCAGCCGUUACACUCAAAGGGGCCAUUCCACAGCAUUCACCGGCUAUGACUAGUCCAGCUGCUGCUGCUGCUGCUGGCGCGGCACUAGCAGCAGGUGCACCCUAUCGUGGGGCCACAAGUUGGACACCUCAAGGCUAUGCACCAGCAGCUGCCGCGGCUGCUGCUGCAGUUGCUCAACAAACCUAUCGUUAUACAACUCCAUUGCCUCAACCAGCAUAUGCAGCAUAUACGCCACACACGGCUAAUACGCCUAGCACAACAACAGCAUACCAGUGGGUUAAUCCGCUCAACACUUUGGAGUACGGCCAACGUGUACCAACUGCAGCUUCACCCAGCAAUACCAACUCUAGCAGUUCAUCGAAUACAGGCUCCCAGAGCGGUACACUGAGCACCAGUCUAAGCAACACGACAAACACAAACACCACAAUGGGUCCUAACGGAACGGCACAGAAUCAAAAUCAACAGGGCGGCGAGCAACUGUCGAAGACAAACCUCUAUAUUAGAGGUCUCCAACAAGGGACAACGGAUAAGGAUUUAGUGAAUAUGUGUGCACAAUACGGAACAAUUAUAUCAACCAAGGCUAUUUUAGAUAAAACAACAAACAAAUGUAAAGGUUAUGGCUUCGUCGAUUUUGAGCAGCCAGCCUAUGCUGAGGGCGCCGUCAAGGGACUGCAGGCGAAGGGAGUGCAAGCUCAGAUGGCCAAAGUGGGUAUCUGGGUGCUUCAUAGGCCGGCCAUUCAACAGGAACAGGAUCCCACUAAUUUGUAUAUAGCAAAUUUGCCCCCUCACUUUAAGGAAACUGAUUUGGAGGCCAUGUUAGCGAAAUAUGGUCAAGUUGUUUCCACUAGAAUAUUGCGUGAUCAGCAAAUGAAUUCAAAGGGCGUUGGUUUUGCCCGUAUGGAAAGUCGUGAGAAAUGUGAACAAAUUAUUCAGAUGUUUAAUGGUAAUACAAUACCAGGUGCCAAAGAUCCGUUGUUAGUGAAAUUCGCCGAUGGCGGUCCCAAAAAGAAGAAUCUCUUUAAAACACCUGAUCCGAAUGCGCGCGCGUGGCGUGAUGUUUCUGCGGAGGGAAUACCCGUCGCUUACGAUCCAACAAUGCAACAAAAUGGUGUCAGUGUCAAUGUCGGUACACCUAUUGGAGUGCCAUACUCUCGUUUUGGGGCCCCUCAAGUCGGAGGCUAUCCAGUGGCUGGUUCGCAGUGGAUACCCGGCUAUAUGAUGACUCAGCCUAUCACUCAAGUUGAUGAUCAGUAUUCAACGUCUGCUUUGCAGUAUAUGCAAAUGGCUGCUGCUCCACAAUUGGGUGUUACGUCAUACAAACCGGAGGCUGUAAAUCAGGUGCAGCCACGCGGUAUAUCAAUGAUGGUCAGUGGCGAAACGGCUGUGCCAUAUGGAACAAUGAUGCCACAACUGGCAACUCUGCAGAUUGGAAACUCUAAUUUUUCUCCAUCGUUACAGUAUAUUAGUCCAACUUAUCCAUAUUAUGCACCACCAACUAUUAUACCAACAAUGCCAAUGACAGAUUCCGAACAGGCUAGCACAGCUGCAUCACCCGACGAGGCAUACACACAGUAUGCACAUCAAGCUGCUCCCAAAUAGGUCUUCGCGAGUAUAGUUACUAAGCAGCAUAAAUACUGGUAAUAAAUACUAGUUUUUUGUUUAAUUUUAGAUAUAAUAUUUAAGUACCAAGUUUGUGUACUAUGUAAUAAAAUCAUUGGAGCAACAUUAACAACUACAAUAAAUAACAACAACUUUAAUAACAAGAAUGGCUGUGGGAGAAAGCAUAAACAACAACAGAAGCAGCAGACUUAAAAUUCAUUGGUAAACUUAAGAGAACAACAAAAGUCAAAAGAAAUGGUGCUGUUUAGUAAACACAAUGUUUACGAUUGAAGGAAGCAAGAGAGAGAACCAAGAGUUAUAUUUAAUGGAACCGAUAAAUAAUUAUGUUUGAGAGAAAGCGUUAAAAAGUAAUGGAAUGCAAAGACUAAAUUAAAAUAAUACAAGUAGUAAUAAUAAAAUGGCUUAACAACAGUAAUGAAAGGUAGUAAAUGAAAUCAGAACCAUAAAAAAUACCAAAAUUGUCGAUGAAAAAAGAGAACACCAGAACAGGACUAACUACAUUAUUUAGCAAACCAAACAUUUGAAGCAGCAGUUUGCUAACAAAAAUUUAUAUGUUAAGACAUUUAUUUAAGGAAAUCCACAACAAAAAUACUUGCAUUCAAAUGAAACAGAGCAAGAUGAAAAAAAGGUCAAAGUUAUGCAAACAAACAAUUGUAAUUGUUAAAACAAACGAACUAAAUAAAUUGCUUCUUUGACGGAAGAAAACUUGUGCAAUGUAUGGUAAAAUUAAUAAAAACGCAAGCUAAUAAAAAUUUGCAUAAUAUACAAAAAUAUAUAUUAUCCAAUAUUAAAUGAAGAAAGAGAGCAGUUCAUUUUUACAAAGCGGCGACAUCAUUGUUAUUAUUGUCAUCUGAAAAAAAUCUUAAGAAAAAGAAAAAAACUGUUAUAUAAAAAUAUUUUUUUUUUGUUUGUAUUUUUAUUUUUAUUGUAAUUUUUUUUUAUUAUACUUGAGAUACGAAAUUGUUAUCGAAAGAAAACAUAACAUUUCAGUUUAAAUAUUGUAGAUUUUUAUAAACUGUAAGCAAGCACAAACGAUAUACGAAAAGAAGUAAAGCGUUUAGCUAAGCAAAAGAUCUAAAUUUUCAUAAUUUUCAGCCAAUUGUAUAAAGAACUUGAUAACCCCAAAAUUAGGACUUUACGAAUUAAUGUACUGUUUUUGUUAUUUGCUUUUGCCUUUGCUUUGUACUACGAAACUUAUUAAACAUCAGACAGAAAAAAUCCUUGAGGCGGAUAACCCUAGGCUUAAGGACUAGCAAAAAUGCAGUAAAACAAAAUAAGUACAGUAGUUUUAGAAAUAAAGAAAAAAUAUAAUAUUAACAAUAAAAAGAUGUGAAUGUUGAAGUGAGAAUGAAAACAAAUCUUGUAAUAGUUUUUAAGCAUGUUUUUGUGCUCAUCAGUCGAUUUAAAAAAUUUUUUGUAGCUGUCUACAGUUUUUCGUUGAACUAUAUGUUUCUAGUAAUUAUAUAAGUACAUACAUAUAUAAACGGAUAGAUAAGAAUUGCAUUACCAAGAAAAUGGUAAAAGCAUAGCAUAUUUUUUCUGAAAAAAAUAAAUAGAUUAGCAAUGAUGACAUUAGCAAUGAUAUUGUUAGAAAGUGGAAUAUAAAUAUAAUGAAAGUGAAAACCUGAAGUCAGACAAUGAGGCUUAAAUAAAAUAAUUUUGAAGGAAUAAUACAAAAACUGAACAUGAUAAAUAAUUAAACUUUUCAACAAACAGAAUGUAGAACAUUUUUCUGAUCGAAUGAAAACAUAAAAUUAAAAUGCCCAAAUGAAAAUAAAAAUUUAAAUGUUUAAAAAUAUGAAAAGGAAACAUAUGAUUAGAAAAUUAGAAAUAAGAAGUAAUGAAAAAUAUUGAAAGAAGUACAUCAGCGAUGAUAUACCAGGUAUCUAAUUAUAAGUCUAUAGUAUUCAAUGAGUUAAUAGUUAAAUCUAAAAAGAGACAGAAAGCACUGUGUUUAAAAUGAAAGCCUAGUAUAUAUUUAUUUAUUUCAAAUUGAGGUUCUCACACCACGUCUAAUUAUGCAUUGUAUUUGUGAUUUUAUUGAAUGGAAUAUUGAUGAAUAUAUUGUGUGCUUAUGGGAUUUCAGGGGAAAUAUGAAUAUGGAUAAAUGAAAGGAUAUUUGUAUUUAUUCAAUUGAUAUUCAGACAGUCAAAAUAAGGAAACAAUUUCACACAGGCGAGAUCCUCUCAAAUUCAUAUGCCACUUUCACUUAAAAAAAAUAAACAUUCCUGACAAAGUCUUUGAUUUUCAUAUAUUCGAUUAUGUUAUUUAUGUUACAUACAUAUAUGAUUCUAGUUAAAAGUUUGACAUUUUAAAAGCCGUUUCAAACAAUCUAUGAAUAACAUGAAAAUACCAAAUGAAAACAGAACGCCAAAAGUCUUCCUAAGCCUAAACCAAAACAAAAGUGGAGUGUAUGUUUUCUUAUGAAAUGCAAAAUCUUAUGGUUUAUUAUGAUGAACUUUAAUUUUUUAAGUCUAAAGUAAUGUAAUUUUGUUUAGACUGAAUAGCAAUUGAAACAAUAAAAGAUUUAAAAUACAUCGCAGAAUUCAGAUGCACAAUAUAAAAACAAACUUAGCUCCUACAACGAUUUACUCAAACGAACGUUAGAGUAAGAAGUUAGCCGAAACCCGCAAAAAGAGGCAAAGAUUUUUGCAAACAUUCCAAAUGCAUAGAAAAAAAGAAUAAAUACCCAUAAAUAUUUGAAAUCAAGAGACGCCUCUACAGGGAAACUAACAAAAGGAAAAAAUGACAAAAUCACAAAUACAAAAAGUUUGUAAAUUAUUAUUUUAUAAUCCUACAAUACUUCUUACACCCUUCCAUGCUCUAUAAAUCUUCAAAGAGUGCAAUUUAAAAUUUUUAUUAUUUACCAUUGUCUUUACAACUUGCUAAUACAGCAUAAUCAAGAUUUUCAACUGUUUUAGGCAGAAACACGUUAAAUCUUAAAUUAUUGCAAACGAUCGGAAAGUAGAAAUGAAAACUAAAAUUAAAAGUUAAAUGCAAGAGUUUAUAAUGCUAGUUAUAAGAAAAAUGGAGCAUACUAGACUAGACGCCGUCGAAAUUCAUAAGUAUGAAUGUUGGAGAGCAUAAGAAAUAUGGAAGCGUAGAUUGUGGAAUAGUUAAAGUAGUAGAAGAGAUAUAAACUAAUAUUUAGAGACUAAGAUCAAAGUAUUAGAAAUUAAGUAAUUAAGUAAGUACAUAUUAACAAGAAGCGUUGCAAAAGUUAAAGCGGGGAAUAUAUGAAAUAGAAGACAUGUUUUAUAAUUGGUAGUAACGUUUAUGCGUUCGAAUCAAUGACAAGAAUGUAAAUUCAAUGUCAAACAAA